UCGACGAGGUGGCUACAAACAUGGCCGCACGGUGCCUAUUUAGGAGCUAUUCUCGGGUCAAAAAUGUCGACCAAAACACACGAAUACUUGUCAGAUGUAGCAGAAGGAUGCUGUGCAGUGUACCGUCUGACAGCAGUAAGUCGUUUAUUUACAAUUUGUCGUCACACUGAGAAAUGGGAGCUCUACAACUGACCUUGUAGCAUGUGCAGCUAUUGUUAUCUACUGUUAGCUGCCUAUGCGAAAACUUAGCUGUCGUUCACUUUUCAGCAUUUGAAUCACUUGAAUGGUACUGGUAGCUAGUUGUUAUCCUUGAAGCUAUUUACACACAUGUUGACAAGAACAUACAUCUAUCCAGCGUUCAAAACUGGGAACUCGGAAAAGCAUCAUUAGCAUUAAUUUAGCAUAAACUACUAGUGCUUUAAAGACUGUCAAAUCAUGACGUCAGUGAUCUUCAGGUCGGAAAGACGGAGCUCUUGUAAGACGCCAGAGUUUUCGACAUUUUCCGACUUGGAAACGAUCUUUGCCAUUCGGAUUUCGUUUUUUAUAAUAAUAAUAUGCCAUUUAGCAGACGUUUUUAUCCAAAGCGACUUACAGUCAUGCGUGCAUAAUUUUUUGUGUGUAUGGGUGGUCCCGGGGAUCGAACCCACUACCUUGGCGUUACAAGCGCCGUGCUCUACCAGUUGAGCUCCGAGUUACGAGUUGUCUUGAACGCUCGGAUGUCGGAGAUUUCCGAGAUCUGGGUUCCCAGUGUGACAGCAAUCAGACUCGGGGCAUUUUACAUUUACAUUUUAGUUAUUUAGCAGACGCUCUUAUCCAGAGCGACUUACAGUUAGUGAGUACAUACAUUUUUCAUAGUGCCCCCCCACUAAUUCCUAUAAUUUACACUGUUAAAUAACAGAAUGUAAGAACAAUAUUUUUUCUAAAGAAAUGUUUCAUUUUGUCAUUAUAAUAAGGUUGGUAACAAUGUGACAAUAUUUGUGGAAAUCUGUUGCAGCUCAAGUCGACUACAAAACCCGCAAUGCUCUCUCUAUGGGCUGGCUGGCUAGCUAGGUAGCUAGCUAGCAAACGUAGUUACACACAAUAGUACUAAAGUCAAUAUCAGCAUGUGAAGUAGCUAGUUCGCUGUAAAAUCGCCUAAUCAAACUGCACUAUCAAUUUAGGAGUCUACAAUCUCGCCAUGUUCAACCUGCAGAUCGAUGUGCUUCGCAGAGUGGCGCCUGACAUUCCCAAUGGCACCCUGGACUGAAGAGGCAGACAAAUAUGAGAAAUGUGGUGGACCCUCUGUUAAGUUACAUGUUUUUCGAGGUAGGAGUAUUGCAAAAAAUAUGAUCAAUGGCUCAUUCAUGAGAAGAAAACUUCCCACUUUAUGACAUCGGCCAGGAUUGAAAUCUGACAUAUGAUAGACGUUUUCACGAUCUAAAAGUCAAAUUCCUAUUAUACUGAACAAAAAAAUAAACGCAACUGUUUCAAAGAUUUUACUGAGGUACAGUUCACAUGAGGAAAUAAGUAAAUUUGAAAUAAAUUCAGUAGGCCCUAAUCUAUGGAUUUCACAUGACUGGGAAUACAGAUAUGCAUCUGGUUGGUCAGAUACCUUUCACAAAAUGGUCCUCACAAUGGGCCUCAGGGUCUCCUCACUGUAUUUUGGUGCAUUCAAAUUGCCAUUGAUAAAAUGCAAUUGUGUUUGUUGUCCGUAGUUUAUGCCUGCCCAUACCAUAACCCCACCGCCACCAUGGGGCACUCUGUUCACAACGUUGACAUCAGCAAACCGCUCGCCCGCACAACGCCAUACAGGUGGUUGUGAGGCUGGUUGUAGGUACUGCCAAAUUCUCUAAAAUGACGUUGGAGGCGACUUAUGGUAGAGAAAUGAACAUGACAUUAUCCGGUAACAGCUCUGGUGGACAUUCCUGCGGUCAGCAUGCCAACUGCACGCUCCCUCAACUUGAGACAUCUGUGGCAUUGUUGUGACAAAACUGCACAUUUGAGUGGCCUUUUAUUGAUGGAGUAUCUUGGUAAAGGAGAAAUGCUCACUAACGGGGAAUGUAAACACAUUUGUGCACAACAUUUGAGAGAAAUAAGCUAUUUGUGCUUAUGGAACAUUUCAGGAAUGUUUUAUUUUAGCUCAUGAAACAUGGGACCAACAGUUUACAUGUUGCAUUUAUAUUUUUGUUCAGUGUAACUUCCAGUGUAGUGAGAGCAGCUUUAUCACAAUGCUACAUCAGAAUGGCCAAAUUUCUGCCUGCUUGAAUGGGCAAUAGCUCAGAUACACAUGAAGUGACCCUGGGAAUCGAUAGAACGUUGAUCAGAUAUGCCCCAAAACAGUAUAACAUUCAAAAUGGUUGAGUCUUUCCUUUUUAAGAUCAAAUCAAAUGUUAUUGGUCACAUACACAUUUAGCAGAUGUUAUUGCGGGUGUAGCGAAAUGCUUGUGUUCCUAGCUCCAACAGUGCAGUAAUAUCUAACCAUUCACAACAAUACACACAAAUCUAAAAGGAAAAUAAUGGAAUUAAGAAAUAUAUAAAUAUUAGGACGAGCAAUGUCGGAGUGGCAUUAACUAUAAUACAGUAUAUACAUAUGAGAUGAGUAAAGCAGUAUGUUAACAUUAUUAAAGUGACUAGUGUUCCAUUUUUAAAGUGACCAGUGAUUUCAUGUCUAUGUACAUAGGGCAGCAGCCUCUAGGGUGCAGGGUUGAGUAACCGGGUGGUAGCCGGCUAGUGACAGUGACUAAGUUCAGGGCAGGGUACUGGGUGGAGGCCGGCUAGUGAUCGCUAUUUAACAGUCUUAUGGCCUUGAGAUGGAAGCUGUUUUUCAGUCUCUCGGUCCCAGCUUUGAUGCACCUGUACUGACCUCGUCUUCUGGAUGAUAGCGGGGUGAACAGGCUGUGGCUCGGGUGGUUGACGUCCUUGAUUUGUUCAGUGACUGGCUUCAAUAUAGCGACUUUUGUAACUCACCCAAAAAUGCAGGGAUACACUUUUUCCCAAAAUCAUUAUCCCACUGGGCCAGAAAGACCUCGGGCAUGAUCAUUGGAGCAAGGCUUGAAAGACACGUCGCCGGAGCUACUUCAUCCCUAAGUCAAAAAUAUACCUACAGUGGGGAGAACAAGUAUUUGAUACACUGCCGAUUUUGCAGGUUUUCCUACUUAAAAAGCACGUAGAGGUCUGUAAUUUUCCAGAAAAUCCAGAAAAUCACAUUGUAUGAUUUUAAAGUAAUUAAUUUGCAUUUUAUUGCAUGACAUAAGUAUUUGAUCACCUACCAACCAGUAAGAAUUCCGGCUCUCACAGACCUGUUAGUUUUUCUUUAAGAAGCCCUCCUGUUCUCCACUCAUUACCUGUAUUAACUGCACCUGUUUGAACUCGUUACCUGUAUAAAAGACACCUGUCCACACACUCACUCAAUCAAACAGACUCCAACCUCUCCACAAUGGCCAAGACCAGAGAGCUGUUUAAGGACAUCAGGGAUAACAUUGUAGACCUGCACAAGGCUGGGAUGGGCUACAGGACAAUAGGCAAGCAGCUUGGUGAGAAGGCAACAACUGUUGGCGCAAUUAUUAGAAAAUGGAAGAAGUUCAAGAUGACAGUCAAUCACCCUCGGUCUGGGGCUCCAUGCAAGAUCUCACCUCAUGGGGCAUCAAUGAUCAUGAGGAAGGUGAGAGAUCAGCCCAGAACUACACGGCAGGACCUGGUCAAUGACCUGAAGAGAGCUGGGACCACAGUCUCAAAGAAAACCAUUAGUAACACACUAUGCCGUCAUGGAUUAAAAUCCUGCAGCGCACGCAAGGUCCCCCUGCUCAAGCCAGCGCAUGUCCAGGCCCAUCUGAAGUUUGCCAAUGACCAUCUGGAUGAUCCAGAGGAGGAAUGGGAGAAGGUCAUGUGGUCUGAUGAGACAAAAAUAGAGCUUUUUGGUCUAAACUCCACUCGCCGUGUUUGGAGGAAGAAGGAUGAGUACAACCCCAAGAACACCAUCCCAACGUGAAGCGUGGAAGUGGAAACAUCAUUAUUUGGGGAUGCUUUUCUGCAAAGGGGACAGGACGACUGCACCGUAUUGAGGGGAGGAUGGAUUGGGGCCGUGUAUCGCGAGAUCUUGGCCAGCAACCUCCUUCCCUCAGUAAGAGCAUUGAAGAUGGGUCAUGGCUGGGUCUUCCAGCAUGAUCACGACCCGAAACACACAGCCAGGGCAACUAAGGAGUGGCUCCGUAAGAAGCAUCUCAAGGUCCUGGAGUGGCCUAGCCAGUCUCCAGACCUGAACCCAAUAGAAAAUCUUUGGAGGGAGCUGAAAGUCCAUAUUGCCCAGCGACAGCCCCGAAACCUGAAGGAUCUGGAUAAGGUCUGUAUGGAGGAGUGGGCCAAAAUCCCUGCUGCAGUGUGUGCAAACCUGGUCAAGACCUACAGGAAACGUAUGAUCUCUGUAAUUGCAAACAAAGGUUUCUGUACCAAAUAUUAAGUUCUGCUUUUCUGAUGUAUCAAUUACUUAAGUCAUGCAAUAAAAUGCAAAUGAAUUACUUAAAAAUCAUACAAUGUGAUUUUCUGGAUUUUUGUUUUAGAUUCCGUCUCUCACAGUGUACCUAUGAUAAAAAUUACAGACCUCUACAUGCCUUGUAAGUAGGAAAACCUGCAAAAUCGGCAGUGUAUCAAAUACUUGUUCUCCCCACUGUAUAUUUACAAUUUAUCUUCAUCCUCAGUUUGAUUUCUGAUCUUUAAGUACUGAGUCCAUCUUAAGAUUCUUUGGAGAACACGUAACAAUGAUGUAACAAUCAUUCCAGUAGUUGAAGAUUGAUAAGUGCAAUUAUGAAAAAUAUCUAGAAUAAUAAUAAUAUGCCAUUUAGCAGACGCUUUUAUCCAAAGCGACUUACAGUCAUGCGUGCAUACAUUUUUAGGUAUGGGUGGUCCCGGGGAUCGAACCCACUACCCUGGCGUUACAAGCGCCAUGCUCUACCAAUUGAGCUACAGAGGCUUGUAUUCAGGAGAAGAAGGUUUGUACGUACAAUCUUUGGUUUGUACUUGGCGCCAUUCUUCCUGUUUCUCGUCAUCAGUGAGAUCACUUCCUGUGUCAAUAUGCGCAGUGUGACUAGCUCUGAUGCAGGUCGUACCUGCAGAUCCGAGACCAAAGCUAGCUUCAUCCUUCUCUGAAGAGUCAUUCAUUUGUUUCUAGGUUCUCCAGAUGCCCAUGUGAAGCCCCAGUUUAUGGAUGCAGAGGUGCAGGACAUCCUAACCCGAAUCACAGGCUUGGACCUGGAGAAGGUGUUCAGACCCAUCAAACAGGAGCUGAAGCCCCCCACGUACAAACUCAUGACAGAUGCACAGCUGGAGGAGGUACGGACACACACACAGUAGGUCAGAUAGUUUGUCAUGUAGAGUAGGGAAUGGGUCUACAACAUCUGCUGCAACAUUCUGAAGAUUUCAGUUGGCAGAUGAUAUCUCUGUACAGCUAGUGUCAGUCUUGUUAAUGUGUCAGUGUUUGUGUUGUAGGCGAUCCAGAGUGCCAGAGAGCAGGCCCAGAGGCUGCUGAAGAUGCCUCCAGUGCUGCCGGAGAGGAAGCCCAUCAACGAUGUCCUGUCUGAGGACAAGAUCCUGGAGGGCAUGGACACAGCCAAAUACGUCUUCACUGACAUCACCUUCAACAUACCGCACAGGGUAGGAGAGAGAGGAAGAGAGUGUGUUUGUGUCCACCAACGUUAUAUUCAACAUACACCACAGGCAAAGUGUGUGUAAUGGUUUGUGUCCAUCAACGAAAAUGUUGGUUAUCAUUUACAAUGAUAAUGCCUCAAACAAUUUAGUGCUCAUUUGUCUUCUCACUGUCAAGUUUGGUUCUCUCUUCCAUGGUUGUCUCCUGGUGUUUCCAGGAGCGGUUCAUAGUGAUCCGGGAACCCACUGGGACUCUGAGGAAGGCAUCGUGGGAGGAGAGAGACAGGAUCCUGCAGGUCUACUUCCCUAAAGGGGCCCGCAGGCUCACAGCACCCCCUGUCUUCAAGGAGGAGAGCCUGAAGGUGGUGUUUGGCCAGGAUCGUCAUGAAGAUGUGUUGGAUCUGUGCCAGGUCCAGUUUGAACCUGACUCCUCAGAAUACAUCAGGGUAAAAGACCACUGCCUUCACACUCCUCAACAGGCUGUCCAGAUGUAUGGUUAAGUUAUUAUUACCCAUUAGCAGUUAGUAAAACCCUCUCCCUAUUGGCUGUGCUCUGUUGUCCAGGUGCAUGCAGCUACCUAUGAGGAUCUAGAGAAGAUGGGGAAGUAUGAUCUGCUACGCUCCACCAGACAUUUUGGUGGCCUGGUCUGGUACCUGGUCAAUGCCAGGAGGGUGGACGGACUCAUCAUAGACAUGCUGCAGGAAGACCUGUGAGUGUCUGUGUGUGUUAGAGCAGGGGUUCCCAACCUUUCUCGGUUACUGUACCACCCCUGAAGUACCCCCUCAUGUGCAUUUUAUCAGUUAGCCUAUGGUCUCAUUAAUCUUCUCAAGUACCCCCUGUGGAUAGGCCAAGUAACCCCAGGUUGUUCUAGGUUGCAGGAUGCAGUGAGUCUGGUGGGUCUGUUCAACAAGGUCCAUCCAAACAGUGAGAUAGCCCAGGAGGCCUCCAGCCAACAGGCUUCAGGACUGGACCUGCUCAAGGUGGGGCCCAAUCAGCAGACACUAGUGUAUCUCAGGACCUGAUUGAUAGGUUGAUGCACCAGUAGCCAUGAUACCCAGUAAACCCUUUGUUUAACCUCUGUGUGUCUGUUCCUCACCAGAUCUACGCCAAGCGGGAGUCCCAGAGGGCAGGAUACAUAGAGCUGGCCCUGCAGGCCUACGAACAGACCUCCGCAGAGAGCUCCGUCUGACCGUCCCAUGCAUCACCACACAUAACCACAGGAGAGCUCCGUCUGACCGUCAUGCAUCACCACACAUAACCACAGGAGAGCUCCGUCUGACCGUCAUGCAUCACCACACAUAACCACAGGAGAGCUCCGUCUGACCGUCAUGCAUCACCACACAUAACCACAGGAGAGCUCCGUCUGACCGUCAUGCAUCACCACACAUAACCACAGGAGAGCUCCGUCUGACCGUCAUGCAUAACCACAGGAGAGCUCCGUCUGACCGUCAUGCAUCACCACAGGAGAGCUCCGUCUGACCGUCAUGCAUCACCAUGCAUCACCACAGGAGAGCUCUGUCACAUCACAGCAGAGCUCCGUCUGACCGUCAUGCAUCACCACACAUAACCACAGGAGAGCUCCGUCUGACCGUCAUGCAUCACCAUGCAUCACCACAGGAGAGCUCCGUCUGACCGUCAUGCAUCACCAUGCAUCACCACAGGAGAGCUCUGUCACAUCACAGCAGAGCUCCGUCUGACCGUCCCAUACACCUCACACCCACAACAACAAACCAACGGUGCUGUGACAUUAUCUCCAAUGGCCUGCCUAUCCAUGACCCAAACUUUCAUCAACUGGACAGUUUCGGUAAGCAAAGAGAAUAACUUUGUCCCUGAACUAUGGAGCUCAUAUGAACCACUUGCAAGCCAAGUGUCCAUUGGCAAUGAAUGGCAUCAAAAUGUGCACAUAAUUGGGGUGCGCCAAGCUUCAGUCUUCUAUCAUUUGGUGGAAGGGCACACGAUGCAGUGCAGAUAUUCACUUAUGCAUUUCAACGUUGUCAUUUGUCCAUAACCUUAAUCAUACUGUAUCUCAACAUUGGAUCUGACUGUAAGCUGUUUAAUUAUCAUGAUUUAUGUACAUACAAAAUACAAAUGUUUAUAUACAUUCUCUCUCAUUUAUUGAAUCUGAAUUAUUCAUAGGGCCUGAUUCAGACAAACACUUGUCAUCUUUAUUGAGUUGAUAACAUUUAAUUCCCUUUUCUAGACCAGGGCAUGA